UGAGUGACGACAGUCUACCUCCUACACCCUUGCCCGCUCACCACCGCGGAUUGACAGAAAGAGAUGCUCUAGCUGUAGAGGCAGCAUCAAGAGCCAUGGAGGAGGCCACCAGAAAGAUGGAACACGCUAAUCGAGUCUCUCUGGACGACGGUCCGCCCAGAAAACGUUUGCUAACAGACAACGACCGGAUCUUACCUUCCAGUCUCCACAGCGCUCACUUCAAAAUUACAAGUCGAAAUGAUGGGAGAUCGGAAAUUGAUACUUCGCUGGUAGUCAGCAUGGAGAUCAAUGGCAUUAUGUACCAGGGUGUUUUAUUCGCCCAGCAUCCUCAUCGCAUUGGAGUAUAG